AUGGCUUUUACUCGCAUUGCCUUACUCCUAGCCAUCUCCAUGAUUUUGUUUUCCUCAGUUGCUAUGGCAACUGAUUACGUUGUGGGAGAUCAGAAUGGCUGGACUAUUGAUUUUAACUACACACAGUGGGCUCGGGACAAAGUUUUCCGUGUUGGGGACAACCUUGUGUUCAAUUAUGACAACGCGAAACACAAUGUGUUCAAAGUGAAUGGUACACAAUUCCAGAAUUGCAGCUUUCCCCCACCAAAUGAUGCACUUACAAGCGGAAAUGACGUUAUUCAACUGAAACUUGAAGGGAAGAAGUGGUACGUUUGUGGCGUUGCAAACCACUGUGCUGUUCAUCAAAUGAAGCUUGUUAUUAAUGUUGUAUCCGAAGGUCCUGCACCUGCUCCUUCUUCUGCUGUUGUUUCUUCUUUAUCUGGGGUCCUCAUGGCAGCCAUUGUUGCCGUUUCAGCCAUCUUUGCCUGA